AUGUUCAGAGAGCGGGGAGAAGGCCACGGCGAGAAGAGAAAGGUGGAGGAAGGCGCCGGCGCGGGCGUUGACGGUCAGAAAAUGCUCGUCCGGGUGGUGUGGCGCUGCGCCGACACGAAGCUCCUUCUGUCGUCGUUCUUCCUCCUGUUCGUCCUCUUCAUCCUCUUCCCCCUCCUCCCGUUCCUCUCCGGCCUCCUCCCCGCCUCGGAUAUCCGCGCUUGUCUCUCCGGCUUAUCCUCCACUGUUCUCCCCCUCCCUCCUCCCUCUCCGGUGAUGAUGGUGGUCGCCGCCGCCGCCGCCACCGGCGGUAUUCCGAGCUCACCCUCGGUGACCGCCUCUUCUGCUGCUACUGCCGCCGCCGCCGCCGCUCCGCCGCGGGCGGCGGCGGUGGCGAACUACCACCCUGCGAAGGAGGAGGUGGCGGAGGUCCUGGCCGGCAGUAGCUCCUCGAUCGCCGUGGUGAAGAGGACCUUCAACGCCGUCGGCAGCGCUGCCUACCUCUUCAUCCAGAUGGGAGCCUACAGGGGCGGCCCCAACACCUUCGCCGUCGUCGGCCUCGCCUCCAAGCCGCUCCACGUCUUCGCCAAGCCCACAUUCCUCUGCGAGUGGCUCCCUCACGGCGGCACCACCGCCGCCGCCUCCGUCGCCGGCCGCGCGAUCCUCCCCGACUGGGGCUACGGCCGCGUCUACACGGCCGUCGUCGUCAACUGCACCUUCCCGGCUGCGGCGGCGGUGGGUGCCGACGGCUCCGGCGGGCGGCUCGUGAUCUCCGCCUCGACCGGCGGCGGCGGCGACCGCUCGGCGAACGCGACGGAGCGCAUCGAGGCCCUGGUAGAGGCCCGCGGCGACGUGAACGCGGCGGCGCCGCCGUGGGCGGCACCGCCGCGACGCGAGUACCUCUACUGCGGGUCGCCGCUGUACGGGAACCUGAGCCCGCAGCGGGUGAGGGAGUGGCUCGCCUACCACGCGAGGCUCUUCGGCGGCCACCGGCGGGCGCACUUCGUCCUCUACGACGCGGGCGGAGUGCACGCCGGCGUGAUGGAGGUGCUCCGGCCGUGGAUGGAGAAGGGACUGGUGAGCCUCCACGAUGUGCGGGAGCAGGAGCGCUUCGACGGGUACUACCAUAACCAGUUCCUCGUCGUCAACGACUGCCUCCACCGCCACCGCUUCGCCGCCCGCUGGAUCUUCUUCUUCGACCUGGACGAGUUCCUUCACGUCCCCCCGCCGGCGACGCUCCCCUCCCUGCUCACCGGCCUCUCCGGCGCCGCCCAGUUCACCAUCGAGCAGAUGCCCAUGUCCGCCACCCUCUGCCUCUCCUCCGACGCCCCCAAGACCUCCAGGUACCUCAAAAAACUCCACCAUCCCUCUCCCCUUUUACCUCUCCGAGCUUAAUUUACUCUCUUUGAGCUGAGCUGAGCUAGUCUGAUCUGAGAUGGGUGGUGCAGGAUGUGGGGGAUGGAGAAGCUGGUGUACAGGGACGCGAAGAGGGGGGUGAGGAGGGACAGGAAGUACGCGGUGAGGCCGAGGGCCGCCAUGGCCACCGGCGUGCACAUGUCGCAAAACGUGGCAGGGGAGAGCCGGCACCGGAUGGCCGGAGGGAUCCGCUACUUCCACUACCACGGGACCAUCGCCGAGCGGAGGGAACCGUGCAGGGAGUUCACCAACGCCUCAAGGGUCACCGUCGAUGGCAACCCCUUCGUCCUCGAUGGCACCCUCCGCGCCGUCGCCGCCGCCGUCAAGCGCUUCGAGCUCAAGUCCAUCGGCCCCCGCCUCCGUCGCACCCCACAGUGA